AUGAAUUACAAUCUUAAAUUUGAGUGUACUUUCAAUACUAAACCUGCUUAUUUGAUUUGUGAUAAAUUGAAUUUGGAAGUGAAAACGAAAAAUGAAAAUUUUAAGUUUAUCAUUUCACUGAAGCUUCAUUUCUAAUGGAUUUAUUUUGAGAGUUAAAUUCAUGAGGCUAGAAUUUAAAAUUGUUCUUUAAAGGGUUCUACACAAAACUUAGAAAAAUUAAAAAACUUUUUAGAUUGUCGAGUUAUGUAUUUAGGUGCUGCAGAAUUGUAUGAAUAAUAUUUGGUAAUUAAAGAAGAUGAAUCAAAAAAAGUAUUAGUGAUAUUAUUAAUUAUAGGCAAUGAUUGUUAAAUCAAUGGUGAAUGGAUAAAAAUACUUUUGUAAGGUAUAUAAAAAAGAAGUUAAAGAAAAUGAAAAAUAAUUUUAAAAUGAAGUAAAGAUCUUGAGAAUGUUAAAAGAGAAUAAGUAUAUUGUAAGAAUAUUGGAAGUUUAUGAAUCAUAACAUAAUUAUUAUAUGAUUAUGGAAUAUUUAGAACAUAAACUUGAAUAAGAUUAUACUCAUGAAGAAAAUUAAAUUAUAAUAAAAGUAUUUAUAAUAUAAUGAAUUGAUAGGAAAUAUUAAACAUUUUAGAAGAUUUGAAUAAUAAAUGUAUAGUUCAUGGUUAAAUUAGACCAAAAAAUAUAAUGUUUGAUAAGGGGAAUGUUAUAAAAUUAAUAGGAUUUAGUAAAGCAAGAAUAUUAGAUUAAGUGGAUGGAUUGGAUAUGUUUGAUUUACAUAAAAUAGUUUUGUAUUUAAAUGGUCUUAGUCCUAAGACAGUAGAUUUUGUAAAUGGAAUUUAUCCAGAUAUUCCAUCUCAUGGGACUAACUUUCUAAAAAGUCUUUUGAAUAACACUUAAUAUAGAAUGAAUAUCAAAUAAGCACUUAGUCAUCCUUUUUUAAAAUGUAUUGAAACAGAUCAUUAGAUUGUAAGAGCAGAAAUGAAUUUGAAAUUCAAACAUAGUUUUAAUAAUUUUUAAUGA